AUGUUUGAAUUGGUGACUGCAAAGAAAAAAAAAAAAACUGCCAGCGUGUCGGAGAGUCGGGAGAGCUCUGCUCACUGCUGCGCUCUUAUUGGAGAGGGAGAGGAGGAACGGGCAUGUGAAUGAGACCGAUCUCUUCUUUUAGUGGCUUAGAAUUGUUGCUUUUUUUGAGGGGGUUGUUUCAGUUCCCCGCGCUGAAACAGUAAUUGGCACAGGCGAAAACAGGACAGACUGAUUGAAUUGCUUGGGAAGGAAUUCAUGCAUUGAUUGCUUACGAAGCCAAUAUGCCAGAAUGGGUCCUCUACAGUAUCUAUUCCUCUGUGGACUUCUGUACACCCAAAGCGACGGGUCCCGUCUUCGCCAGGAAGAUUCCCCUCCUCGCAUCGUGGAACACCCUUCUGACCUUGUCGUAUCCAAAGGUGAGCCAGCCACCCUCAAUUGUAAAGCGGAAGGCCGUCCCGCUCCAAUGGUGGAAUGGUACAAAGAUGGGGAGCGUGUUGAGACGAACCGUGAGAAUCCCCGUUCCCACCGAAUGCUGCUGCCCAGCGGGUCCCUCUUCUUCCUACGCAUCGUCCACGGACGACGCAGCAAACCAGACGAUGGGAACUACGUGUGUAUCGCCCGAAACUAUCUGGGAGAGGCUGUGAGCCGAAAUGCAUCUUUAGAAGUGGCACUGUUGCGCGAUGACUUCCGUCAGAACCCGCAGGAUGUCGUGGUUGCGGUCGGGGAAACUGCAAGUUUUGAGUGUCAGCCUCCGCGUGGGCAUCCUGAACCAACCAUCUUUUGGAGAAAAGAUAAAACCCGACUGGACCUCAAGGAUGAAAGGAUCACGGUUCGAGGUGGAAAGCUGACCAUUUCGAAUUCUAAGAAGAGUGAUUCAGGGAUUUACGUGUGUGUGGCCUCUAACAUGGUUGGAGAAAGAGAAAGUGAUAAAGCACAACUUUCAGUCUUUGAAAGACCAGCGUUUCUGCAACGUCCUGUGAACCAGGUGGUUCUGGUUGACGAGAGCGUAGAGUUCAGAUGUCAGGUCCAUGGCGACCCACCGCCUGCUCUGCGCUGGAAAAAGGAGGAUGUGGAUGUUCCUCGUGGCAGGUAUGACAUCAGAUAUGAAAGAGAGGACUUCCUGCUGAGGAUCAAAAAGGCAUCCGUCAGUGAUCAAGGGACAUUUACGUGCAUAGCAGAGAAUCGUGUGGGUAAAGCGGAGGCCUCAGCCUAUUUGACCAUCAGAGCUCGCCCCGUUGAGGCACCGCAGUUUGUUGUGCGACCGCGGGACCAGAUUGUGGCCCAGGGACGGACAGCUACCUUUCCCUGUGUGACGAAGGGCAAACCUCAGCCAACAGUUUUCUGGCAAAGAGAGGGCAGCAAGGAUCUUCUGUUCCCCAAUCAGCCGGCGCAGGGAGACGACCGAGUCUCAGUGUCUGUGAACGGAGAGCUGACCCUAUCAUCUGUACAGCGCUCAGAUGCAGGCUACUACAUCUGCCAAGCCCUCACUGUGGCAGGUAGCAUCAUGGCCAAGGCCCAGCUGGAGGUAGCAGACGCCUCGAAGGGCCGCCCACCACCCAUCAUCCGUCAGGGGCCGUCUAACCAAACGCAAGCCCUGGGAGGCGUGUCCGUUCUCAGGUGUCAGGCGUCAGGAGAUCCAGAGCCGACAGUCACCUGGAGGAAGAAUGGGGUGAAUCUACUCGGACAAGACCCGCGUUUCUCCUUACUGGAGCAUGGCAGCCUUCAGAUCCAGAGCACAAGGCUGUCUGACUCCGGACUGUACACCUGUGUUGCUACCAGCUCCAGUGGAGAAACAUCUUGGAGUGCCUACUUAGAUGUCAGAGACUCCACUGACCUCAUGGACUUCAUGUCGCACAACACAACUACUCUCCCAGGGCCGCCCUCCAAGCCAGAGGUCACUGACGUUACCAAGAGCAGUAUCUCGUUGUCAUGGGAACCGGGGCCAGAGGCGGGCUCCCCAGUGUCCUCCUAUGUCAUUGAGGCUUUCGGCCAGUCUGUGAGUAAUAGCUGGCAAACAGUGGCCGACCAUGUGAAGACCACCGAGUUUACAGUCAAGGACCUACGACCAAACACUGUGUACCUGUUCAUUAUAAGGGCUGUAAAUGCUCAAGGACUCGGGGACCCCAGCCCAAUGUCUGAGCCUGUCCGGACACAAGACAUCAGUCCCACAGUCCAGGGAGUAGACCAUCGUCGGGUGCAGAAGGAGCUAGGAGAUGUCGUGGUUAACAUGCAUAAUCCUGUGGUCCUUAGCUCUACUUCAGUGCAAGUUACAUGGACAGUUGAAAACCCAUCCCAGUUUAUCCAAGGAUACCGGGUUCUGUACCGUCAAACAUCCGGGCUGCCCUCCCCUGGGCCAUGGCAGAUCCAGGACGUGAGAAUUGCCUCAGAGAGGGACGUAACCCUCGCUGGUCUGAACAAGGGCAUUGUCUAUGAGAUCAAGGUGCGACCAUACUUCAAUGAGUUCCAGGGAGCUGACAGCGAAUCCAUGACGGCGCGCACCAUGGAGGAGGCUCCGAGCGCACCCCCACAGCAAGUGGCAGUGCUGACGGUGGGGAGCCAUAACAGCACAUCUAUCAGCGUGUCAUGGGACCCCCCUCCCUCGGACCAACAGAACGGCAUCAUCCAGGAGUACAAGAUCUGGUGUUUGGCCAAUGAUACACGCCUUCACGUCAACAAGUCUGUGGAUGCGACCAUCCGUUCAGUCGUAGUCGGGGGUCUUCAGACUGGUGUGCAGUACCGUGUGGAGGUGGCAGCAGGCACCAGUGCCGGGGUGGGGGUCAGAAGCAAACCCCAGCUCAUCAUUUUGGGUGGAGAACUGAAGGAUGUCAUGACAGGAUCAGAGGGCAACAAUAGCAUCUCAGACGUUGUGAAGCAGCCAGCCUUCAUUGCAGGCUUGGGAGGGGCAUGCUGGAUUGUCCUCAUGGGCUUCAGCGCUUGGCUGUACUGGAGGAGAAAAAAGAGAAAAGGACUAAGCAACUAUGCAGUGCAGUCCUUCACCUUUACUCGAGCUGUAACAUUCCAAAGAGACCGAGGCCUGAUCAGAAAUGGAAGCCGCCCAGGGCUUUUGAAAGCGGGCGAUCCGGGCCUCCCCUGGUUGGCUGACUCGUGGCCUUCUACAAGCCUCCCAGCAAACGGAGGCUUAGGGAGUCCAAAGGGUGGCAACAACUUUGGCCGAGGAGAUGUUUUACCGUCUGCAGCCAUGGAGAAAACGGGCACCAUGCUGUCUGAUGGGGCCAUCUACAGCAGUAUCGACUUCAUGGGGAAGGGAGGCUACAGCAGCCCGGCACGAGCCGGCCAGCCCACACCUUACGCCACCACUCAGAUCCUGCAGUCCAACAGCUUCCACGAGCUGGCUGUGGACAGGCCAGAUCCCCGUUGGAAGGCGUCUCUGCAGGCCCAGCAGGAAAUGGCAAACAUGGGCUACUCACUGACUGACCGGCGACCUGGUCCGGUCACUAAGGCUACAAAGAAAAAGAAGAUCAAGGGAGGGACAAAACCCUCCAAAUCAAAUGGGACGUGCUGGGCGAACAUCCCCCUGCCUCCGCCACCCAUGCACCCUCUGCCGGGUACAGAGGUCGAUCUUGAUAGGUACCCCCAGGAAACCCAUAAAGGAAGCAACAGCUGGGCCCCACCCAUGUCUAUCCAGACCUACCGCCACCAGGAUUUGGACAGCGAAGCAGAAGAGGAGAGAGGUCCAACUCCACCCUUGAGAGGAAGAUCCUCUUCUCCAGCUCCCUUCAGCCAGCCCUCAUCCUCCUCUCUCAGUUCUGCCCACCAUGAAGAAAUGCAAUCCAUAUUGCAGGCCCACUUAGAUGAACUCACCAGAGCUUACCAGUACGAAGUGGCCAAGCAGGCAUGGCAUAUGAAGAGCGGGGCGAAUGUGUCCAACACAUCGAUGGACUUCAUGUCGAGUACACUGGGCUCUGAUCUGGGAGUAACUCUCCUUUCUGAAGACGAUGAGGAAGAAGAGGAGGAUGAAAGAUACUCUGUGGUGUCAAAGAACUUGUGCGGCUUGGAAUACACUCCAGGUCACAGCAUUGACAGCCUUGAAGGCACAGGGAAAUCCACCCAUCACAGUCACACUGAUAGCUUUGGAGCUGCAGACCACGGUGCGCAUGGUACACAUAGCCUCAGACACAAGGGGGCACCACUUACUGGCCACAAACCUCAGACAGACAAGGUCGGAACUCUUCCCAGGCGGAGAGACACCAACACAGACUCCCACACGCCAGCCACAAAGUCCCUGCACAGCAUGGGAUCCCACAUGCAAAGCCCGUGGGCAGCUCCGGCACCAGACGCCUCAGAGGAGUGCAUGGUGACUGUGUCAACACUAGAGAGACAGCACAUGGCUUCCUGGAGUGGCACAACAUCGUCCGGCAGGGCCACCCUGGGUAGGGGUUCCCACAAGAGACCUGCCGCAGACCUCUCCCACGACGGGCAUCCUUCCACUAACGGCACAGAGAAAAGGGAACAUUAGUCCUUGUGAGACAUCCAUCUUCCCCAGAUGUGGUGUGUCCCGAGACCCCUUGUUUGUAAGCGCUAUGAGAUUUUCUCCCGGCGACAGCGUUUUUCAGAAGCUGGAGAGGACACAGGAUGGAAGAAGAAGCAAAAAGCGUAGAAGGAAACACAGACCUGUAAAUGUCAUGUACAGACACAGACACCACUUUCACAGUGUUAUUUCUACCCCCCCCCUCCCCCCUCUUUGAAAGAGUAAACAGUAUGUUAUAUGUCCGCUUCUGUUUUCUGUCACAUGGCGAUCACACAGUGGAGAUGUGAAGAAACCACACCACAAAAAGGACUUGUUCGAAUGAUGAAAGGACUUGCAAAAUUUGUAAAUAUAUUUUUUAUGUUAUUUUUGUUUUUAUGUUUCUUUUUGCUUUGCUAUGCAAGCCCAACCUGACUUCAUCUCUUCUUGUGAUUUAUGACUGUAAUAUUUUUUGUUUUUAAUCGAUGCUCAAAUUGUUGGCUUAUUCUGAUGAGGCUACUGUAUUGUUGUAUUUUGCACAGAGCAUUUUGUUUUUCUUUUGUUUUAUUUAUUUUGGUGAAAAUAAGCACAAACUAAUUUUCAGCUUAGCUGAGGAGGAGAAUCAUAAUGGCAAAGAAUGAGAUCUAUAUUAAAGAGUGGAGAGUCAGAUGUUGUAGUGUAUAUUUGGCUAUGCUGUAAUCGUUUGGGGAAAUAACAGGUACACACUAGGAACUAAAAUGCCAAAAAAAA